AUGGCAAACGAUGAAAAGAUGUAUAUUUCCUACAACAAUAUUCAUAAGUUGUGUAAGAAAGUUGGGUAUGAAAUCAUUGCCAAAGAUGAAAGGCCAGAUAUCAUCGUUGCUAUUACCGGUGGUGGAAUGAUUCCAGCAAGAAUCAUAAGAUCUUUUCUGAAAGUAAAGGGCCAAAAGAACAUUCCUAUUCAAGCCAUUGGUCUCUCUCUUUACGAAGAUAUGGGUGUUCAUGGUGAUACAGAAAAUAUUGGAAAAGAAGUAAUCAGAACUCAAUGGCUAGAUUUCGGUUCUUUAGAGCAACAUUUCGAUUCUUUAAUUGGGAAAAAGAUAUUAAUUGUAGAUGAAGUUGAUGAUACAAGAACUACUUUACAUUAUGCUGUGUCUGAAUUACAAAAAGAAGUUGAAGAACAACAAAAGAAACUGGAUAGAUUGGAUGAGCCAACACAAUUCUCUAUUUUUGUCAUCCAUAAUAAAGAUAAACCCAAAAAGGCUGAAUUGCCAAAGGAGAUGAUGGAAUCUGGCCAUUACUAUGCUGCUACUACUGUUGGUGACUCAUGGUUAUGUUACCCAUGGGAUGCAGAAGAUAUUGAUGAACACACUAAGUUGGCUGCUGCCCAAGGUAAUAUUUGA